AUGUCCCCACUAAAAAGCAAGUCGCACCGUGCAUACUAUCCAGAUCCAGUGUGCCGUUCUAGAGAAAUUCGUGAUGGCGAGUUUGAUGUGCAAGAAAUUGUGCCGCCGCAAAAGUACUCUGGAAGACGCAACACUUUCAUUGUCGAGCUUGAUCAAUUCAGCAACAUCAUGCCAGCUCAGUUACACUUCAACGUGCUCUCAACUCAAGUCUGGCGUUUACGUCCAUCAAGUGAGGCCGAAAUUCCCUCCAUCGAUACAAAGACUUUCGCCAUGCAGAUGUUUGACAUGUUGGAGAAGAAGAGAGGGACACUGUAUUCGUAUUUGCUUAUGACUAUGAUUUGCAACGUCGUUUUGACUAAAUCAUUAACCGAUACGAAUGACAACAAGAGCAUGUGCAUUGGAGAAAGGGGAGAAAAGGGAGACGUUGGCCAUCAGGGUCCUCAAGGCGUACGCGGCUAUUCUGGCGAGAAAGGUAAAACUGGAUUAUCCGGGAAAAACGGAAUUAAGGGCGACACUGGUUCAAUAGGAUCACCCGGUCCAAGAGGCCCCGUAGGUCCUCAUGGUGCAACUGGUGAGACUGGAAAACAAGGAGUUUCGGGCCCACGAGGAGUAACUGGAGAUACCGGACCGCAAGGUCCAGUAGGUCCUCCUGGUUUGCCUGGUCUUAAAGGAGUCCAAGGAAUAAAGGGAGACAAAGGAUACCAAGGAUCACAAGGUUUAGCAGGUUUAGAUGGAAAACCGGGCCCGCCAGGACACCCUGGUCCGGAUGGUCCUUCAGGAAAAAAAGGCAUCAAGGGUGCUCGAGGCUUUACAGGUCACAAAGGGGAACAAGGUGGUCAAGGAAUACCAGGACCUACGGUCGACGAGAACACAAGAAAUUUAAUGAGAAAGUGUUGUGACCCUCUAACUGGCUUUCAGUCAAUAAUCGCAGAAAUUAUAGAAAAUAUAACUCAAAUAAAAUUUGAUCUACUGAAUGGCUAUGACAACCCAGCAUUUCAUGUAGGAGGAAAUAGCGGCGGUGGUGGAAGUUAUUCGUCUGGUCGAGUCACCCAGUGGUACAGUGGCAGUGGAUAUUCCUAUUCUCCUUACGUUCGUGGAGGCAUGCAAUAUAGCAAUGGAAUCGCUACUGUACCAAGAGACGGUCUCUAUUAUGUUUACGUUCAAAUGAGGUUUAACAGCCGGUUAGGUUCCAGCUCCUACAAAGAUGCGCAAUUGUGCGUUGCAAUCAACAACUCUUGUCAGUUUUACUUGUACACACAAACUCAAGACCCCAGCGAUUGGUACACUCCCUAUUCUGAACGAUCUUUGCUACUCAAGAACAAAGAUCAACUAUCCGUGCUAUUUAAAAGUAAUGCUUAUUAUUAUUUCGGUAGGCAGUACGCCUUCUUUGGCGCUUUUUUGAUCUAACGGUUCAUUGCACUCUUGAACGUUCUUGCUGUCCACGACAAGACAUUCUUUGUCCAAACCGUUUAUCAUUGCUUUCUUAUGAUUAACUGUUGAAUUUAUUAGUGCGACAUACAGUAAUACUUACUGUAUAUUUAGUUUAGCCUUGCAGGGAUUGUCGUAAAAAUAUA